CCUUCUAUACCAUUGGGCAUAGCUUUCGAGUUGGCUUUACAACAGUGAGUGCAAUCGUAACCGAAGUCUGUAUUUUAUAAUUUACCAAGGGAUAUUUCUGAUGUACUUUGGAUGUGUGUGCUUCCUUAACGUGUCGCUGAACUCGAAUUUACUCAUCGAAGUAGCUAUUCAAGUAGAUAUUUUGCGACAGAAGACGAUAACCUCUGAAGCAUGGUAAGAAGAGUCCAACAUCUCCAACAUAUUGCGCUAAUGGC